UCCUUCACAACAGACCACUUCACUCUUCUUCUUCCCUUCCUGCAAAAACCUCUUUCAACCCCAAGAACAGGCGAGCCUCUCCUUAGACCAGAAAUUAGAGUACUAGUACUAGACACCCAGCUCCUUCACUCGGCAAGGACGGUGGAGCUCAUCAUGCCCUCCGACUUUCUGACACCUUUCCUGGAACUGGAUGAAGAAUUCUGCAAGAAUUUCCGCGGCCUGGAGGCGACAGAUGGCUCUCCCGCCUGCUCAGAGCAGCAACGGCAGCAGCACAGCCUGAGAGUCCUCGGCUUCCAGCGACGUCAUUCUCUCUGCCCCGUGACCCUCCCCAACUCCAAGUUCAACAGCAGCAGCUCGGAGGUGAAUGAGUCAGCCUGCUGGGGGCUCAAUAUGCCCUCCACUCAGCAGUGGAGCAGAGAGGGUCAGCUCCCACGCUCCACACUCAGCCACAUCCCCUUCAGGGUGGACCGCUCGGUCAGCAUGAUCGAAGGCAACGUCAGCAGCCCGGCGGUUAGAGAGGACAAAAUGGUGCUGCUUCCUCCACCGGGGCUCUGCAUAAGCAACAACUCCCUCUCCUCUGCUGCUUCUCCCUCUGCCUCCAGGCCUUCAGCCCCUGCUCCUCACAUCUCCUCCCGCUACAAGACCGAACUCUGUCGCACCUUUGAGGAGAGCGGCACCUGCAAGUAUGGGGCAAAGUGCCAGUUUGCCCACGGCAUGGACGAGCUCAGAGGCCUCAGCAGGCACCCCAAGUAUAAGACGGAGCCCUGCCGCACCUUCCACACCAUCGGCUUCUGCCCGUACGGCGCCCGCUGCCACUUCAUCCACAACGCCGAUGAAGUCCUGGCUGGUAACCCUGCUGCGGCACCUCAGAAACAGAAGCUCAGGCCUCCUCUGCUGCGUCACAGCCUCAGCUUUGCAGGCUUUUCCUCCUCUCCACAGACUUUUCAACCAGUGGAGGAGCUGCAGCCGUCUUCGCUGCUCUUCACCAGAGCCUCCUCAGUCUCCCCUCCUCCGUCCUCCACAGGAAGCCCAGAGCUCCUCUCUCCUCUCUUCCCUGAACCUGGACCACUGAAGCAUUGCCCAUACCCGUUCUCUGGCAUAGACCUGGCAGGAGACAGCAGUGACCCGGCGCUGCGCUUCUAUGCUGUGCCAGAUUCUGUCAGCUCCAGGUGUCCCUCCUCCACUUUCACCUCCAAAACCCCAAACCUUCCAUUCCAACUCCCCCAGCAGAGACCAGGCUCCUUGAACGCCCCCCCUGGUCUGCAGCGCUGCUCCUCAGCUGACUCCCUCUCUGAGGAGGGCUACACCUCCUCCUGCUCCCUCAGCUCUUCCUCCAGUGGCACAGAGUCACCAAGCUUCGAGGGCCGGCGCCUGCCGAUCUUUAGCCGCCUGUCUGUGUCAGACGAGUAGGAAGAGUUUUACUGUAGGGCUGAAUCAGGGAAAGGCAGCUUAACUGUUUAACUCCAUGUGACCACAAUCUCCAUGACCCUGUUUAAACAAUGCAUUAACAUCCAGGCUGGUUAGUAAGAUAGCAUAUCAAGGACAUGCAAAAGUAAUCCCUACUUUUCCUGUCUCUUGUGUUACUCUAGCUCUUUUAUUUCUAGCCUCGCUGAUGACUUAGUGUUUACAAUAGAGGAGUUACUGCAAUCAAACCAGGACCCUACAAGUUUGAUUUAAGGUAUCUCUAACCCCUUGGCUCUCGAAUGGUGGGUGGAGACCCAAAGGUGGGCUGCAAAGACAUUCUGAGUAGGUCGUAGAGGUGUAUGUGGAAAAAACAUGUGGCAAAGAGUCUAUAAUGUGCUUUUAUUAUUUAGGAAAUUCCUCCGUCUUACUUCUUUGAGAGCUUUUGUUCCAUUUUAGCUUUAAACUGCCCCAUUUUGCAUUAAAUGUUAUGGUUGGUUAUGAUUGAAAAACUGAAGCAAUAUAGGUUGCGAUUUGCUGCUAAGAAGGUGUUGGUGGGUUCUGAAUGGCUUUUAAUGAUAAAAUGAGGGAGAAAAGCUGCUAAAAAGGUGCUACUAGCCUGUUAACUAGUGGGUAAGCAUCUCUUUAUGCCAUGUGCAGUGAAGCUGCUAACAGUCCUAAUGAAUAGAGGUGUGUUAACCACAAGUUAAGAGGCUAGAGGUGCCUUUUUAACAGCUUUUCUCCAUCAUAUUGAACUAAACAUGCCAUUGAAGGAAGUGUUGUACUAGGGCAGUGACUCUCCACUGGUCUGACAUCAGGAUCCUCCACCACCUCCUUAUGAGGGAUUAUGGCCCAAGUUUUUAAAAUGUAUUUAAUGACAAAUGAUGCAGUUUGGACUUUAAUGGGACAAAAUAUGAUUGGACAGACAUGAUAAAACAACAUGCAAAAAGCACAUUUUUUUUGCUCUAUUUUCCAAAGACAGGAUGGAAAUUUGUUUAUUUCCUCAGGAACAGAAAGACUGUGUGCAAGUAAACACCUUUAAAACAAACACACCUUUAAAAAGUACUUUACAUUGUAGACUUUUUGCAAUUUGUUCCCAACCCACUGGAAAUGGUGUCCCAUCCCACUUUAAGGUCCUGACCCACCAGUUGAGGACCACUAUAUGAGGGGGUACUAGAUAGAACCAAUUGGUGUCUAAAUAUCCAGCACAAAUGUUAAAGCAAGGUGUAAACAGGGUCCAAGAGAGAGCAGCUUUCAUACAUAUUAUCUAAGCCCCCCCACACACACACACACACACACACACUCCCAAACCCAGACAUUUUAAACCAGCUAAGCUAAAAGUCACAGCAGAUUUAAACGUUAGCUUUCUUCCCUGAAUCCAGCCGGGUAAACAUACCUAACUUUGUGCAUAUUGCAUUUCUCAUCCAAGCAGUUGUAGCACUGCUCAGUGUUUGUCCAGUUUUAGCUGACUUCUCUUUUUUUCUUUAUGUUUUUUUAUGCCAUUGUUACUGCUGUAUACUGUUGUAUACCCAUUCUUAGAGAAUACUUGCAGGGUACUUGACUCAGCCUCGACAGCUCGCUCUUACGCUGUCCCUGCUCAGUGGGAAGUUUGUUUGAGAAUUUCCUGUAUCCUGAUUGAAGUGAGGUGCUGUUCGGCCCUUUUAUGACUGCUGUGUUACCAACCGUUCCUAAUCCUUAUAACCAGUGCCAGCACUUCGGUCAUAUCCAGGGCUCUACGACUUAUUUGAACCUCCCGCAAUGAGUGAGAGAGUUGCUGGAGCCACUGCUGUCUCCGUUUGUAAUGUCACUGACUGAUUAUUUUAUUGAUUGAAAGGCAAUUGAUUGUAUCUGUCUGCCAUUUUUACUGCCUGGCAAUGACUCACUAACUGCCUUAGUAACAAAAAUAGCACAAAUGUAGGCGACAUACUGACUCUAGUGACCAAAGGUGAUGUUAGAGUUCCCCUAACCCUUUAGAAAUUACUGCUAACACCUAGCUUAGCCUUUAGCCACCAUGUUUGAAAUACAGUGUUCCUAUUACUGUUUGUAGAGCUUUGUAGACUUAUUUAUUUGUUGGGUUUUUUGUGUGUGUGUUUGCUUUGUUUAUGCAUUUCCUCAUCAGACCACAGGAGGGAUGCUUUAUGCAUUCAUGAUGUCUGUUUUGUUUUACGCUGACUGGUAGCUUUAAACAGGCGGGUGGAGAGGAGAGGAGUGAAAGGGAGGGAGAGAACAUUUUGGCAUUCUUUUAUUCAUGUUGCCUUAUUGGCUUAAAGGCCUGUCAGAAAUCAAGACUCACUGCAUUUUUGCUCCACCGCUGCACAGUUUCAACACUAAGCGACCGCUGAGAACAUCCCUGAACUUUGGUUGAAGGCUGGUGUGAGCGUGCUGUGAGUCUACCCUCCUCUCCAUCCAGCCUCUCAUCCUGACUGUAAGUGCUGUCACCUGAACAUGUGUAAAAAGAGGGGUUCCACUCAGCCGAGGCCUGCGAACCUUACAGAAAUACACGACCAUCAGAAAUGGGUCUCUGUGUGGAAACUUCCCUGUGUAUAAAAUCUUGUGUGCUAUCUUCUUUGUCAACAAACAGGUGACCAUGUGACCUUUCUUUAAAGUUGAUUUUUAUCUAUCAGAGUUGCCCUGACGACAAUGUCUUCGUAGGCCAACCUCUGUUGCACGCUAGCUCGCUAGCUAACUCUGUGAGCGGCAGGAGGAAUCAAAGUGAGUUCAAACGAAAUCAGGCAAGAUUAUUUCUGUUUGUUUUUGUCAUGAAACCGACUCCAGCUGCCCUGAUGAGUCCAGAGAUGCUUGUUGUUUCAGCUUGUUGUUGGCUCAACCUCACAGCAAGCCUUUAUUGUUACUUUUGUUAAAUUAAAGUCUUAUUUAUUUUGUUUUUUCAAAGUGAAGCCUAUAUUGUGUUUUGAUAUUGUGUUUUACAUAAUUUAAGUGCAUCUAUUGUUUACA